GGGACGAAUCCAACAGGAGGUGGGAGGUUAUGGCAAGAGAAUUUACAAUCAGGCAAUUCCCUUCUUCUUCACAAACUUUCCAGAGGAAUGGUCGUUUGAGCAGAUGUGGCUCACUUUCAAUAGAAUAGGCCAUGGAAGGGUGCUGGAGAUCGAUUGUCCGGCAAAGAGGGGCAAGAUGGGUAGACGUUUUAGUUUUGUUCGAUUCCUAGAUGUGAGGAAUGAAGGUGAACUAGAAAGAAGAUUAAAUGAAUUCGAGGCUGGUAACUGGAGACAACAAAGCAUUAAUGGUAAUGAUAGAAGACCAUCAUAUGCUCAGGUAGUAAAAACAGACAACAGUAGGAUGGACGAAAGACCCAAUAAUGAAAGAAGGAAAGAAGGAAGAGUACAGAGGUUUGGAAGCAACAAUGCCAGUAUCUACGGAAACCAGCAAAGGGAAUGGAAGCCAAAACACCAGCAGCAUCAAUGGUCAGGCAUGGAGUUGAACUUCGAUCUAGAAGAAUAUGCUUGGCUGGAAAAAUGUUUUGUAGGCACAGUGCAUUUAGUGAACCUGAUACCCAAUUUGCAAGAGAAAUUCUUCAUGGAAGGAGUAUUCUUCUGCAACAUUAGAUCAAUGGGAGGUAGAUUAGUGUUAUUAGAAGGCAAGGAUCAUGAAGAUUUGAAGGAGUUGGUUGAUAGUGGAAAAGACUGGUUGGGGAACUGGUUUGAAGACGUGAAGCCGUGGACUCCUACUCUGGUAGCAAUGGAGAGGUUCACUUGGAUCCAGUGCCAAGGACUCCCAGUGCACGCUUGGAAAUCGAAGACCUUCCAAUCAUUUGGAAGAUUAUGGGGAACCUUUAUAACUCUAGAUGAUAGCACCAUCAACAAGAAAAGAUUUGAUGUAGCAAGAUUCUUAAUCACCACACCAUCCACAGCAUCUAUAUCCAAGUCUAUCACAGUGAAGAUCAAUGGCGAAUUCUUCACACUCAAGAGAGAAGACAUCUGUGAUACAGAAAUUGAAAGAGUUGGAAUGCCGCGACAGAGAGAAAAUGGAAGAAAAGAAACACAGAAAAGGAGACCAGAUUUGAAGCAAUGGGGGUUAACGAGGUCACUGUCAGAUAAUUGCCCAAUACUGGUGAAGGAUGAAGCAUGUAAUUGGGGCCCAAAACCCUUCAAAUUUUAUAAUGUGUGGUUGCUAGAUCCAGCAUUUAGAGAAAUGAUAGAGAAACAAUGGGACAGCUUUAACAUCCAAGGGUGGGGAGGUUUUGUGCUCGAAGAAAAGAUGAAACUAUUGAAAAAUAGUAUGAAGGUCUGGACUCGAAAUCAUGUACAGGUGGUUGACAAACAAAUUGAGGAAGCAAAAGAGACAAUAGCCAAACUUGAUUGUAAAAGGGAAGUACAGCAGCUAAGUGAGGAGGAAGGCAUCCUCAAGAGGGAUCUAAUGCUAACUCUAUGGGAAAAUAUUCAAACAAAAGAAGAAAUGGCAAGACAAAAAUCAAGGAUGACGUGGAUGAAGGAAGGAGAUGCUAAUACAAGCUUCUUCCACCUGUGCAUCAAAAAUAGAUGGAGAAGGAACGAAAUUAACUCCCUAGUGGUCAACGAAAAGGUGUCGCAAGAAGUCAAUGAGUUGAAACAAGGAGUGGCUAACUACUUCAAGAAUUUAUUUGCAAAGGAUGACUGGAAAAGGCCAGUCUUGGAAGGCAUGGAAUUUAACAAAAUUUUUGAAGCAGAAAAGGAGUUUUUAACUGAACCAUUUCUUGAAUCAGAGGUCAAAGCAGUUGUAUGGAACUGUGACAAUGCAAAAGCCCCGGGUCUGGAUGGUCUGAGCUUUGGGUUUUUGAAAACAGAAUGGGAAGUGGUUAAAAAUGAUAUAUUGAAGUUUCUAGCGGACUUCCAUAUCAACAGUUGCAUGUACAAAAUCCUCGCUAAAAUCCUGGCCAACAGAUUGAGUAAAGUGUUGAAUGGACUCAUAGGUGAACAACAAUCAGCAUUCAUUGGAGGGAGACAACUGGUUGAUGGAGUUGUCAUUGCAAAUGAGACGAUAGAUGAAAUUAGAAAGAAAAAAUUGAGCUGUUUCCUUUUCAAGGCCGACUUUGAGAAGGCUUACGACAAUGUCAGCUGGGAAUUCUUAGAUUAUAUGUUGGAUAGGAUGAAUUUUGGCUUGGUAUGGAGGGGAUGGAUUCGAGAAUGCCUGCAAACAAACUCGAUAUCUGUUUUUCUCAAUGGUAGUCCAACAAAAGAGUUUACUAUGCGCAGGGGGUUAAGACAAGGGGAUCCCUUAGCUCCUUUCCUGUUCCUUAUUGUUGCGGAAGGGCUCAAUGGUAUCAUCUCAUCAGCAGUUGAAAAAGCACUUUUUGAAGGGGUCCAAAUUGGAAGAGGCGAUUUGAGGAUUUCUCACUUGCAGUUUGUGGAUGACACCUUAUUAAUGGGGAAAGCAAUAGAGGAAAAUAUAUGGACCACAAAAUGUAUUAUGCGGGCCUUCGAACUAGUUUCCGGGUUGAAAAUAAACUAUGGGAAAAGUUCCUUGAUUGGAAUCAAUGUCGAUGAUCUAUGGGAGAAGGAAAUGACAUGUCUAUUGAAUUGCAAAUCAGGAUCUCUACCUUGUAAGUAUCUGGGUAUCCCUUUGGGAGUAGACCUUAGAAGAAUAGCUACAUUGAAGCCACUUAUCGAUACCUUCAAAAGAAAAUUGUCUUCAUGGAGAAGGCGAUUCCUAUCCCUUGGAGGAAGAAUAACUCUCAUUAAUGCUGUGCUGACCAGCCUACUGGUGUUCAUUAUGUCCUUCUAUCUCCUCCCAAAGAGCGUCACAGGUGAAAAUCACAACGUGAAAGACAUGGGAAAUUGGAUAAAUGGAAGCUGGCAAUGGAAUUUAUUAUGGAAGCGCCAAUUGCGUACGUGGGAGGAAGACUUGGAAACAGAUCUUCUGGAGAUGCUCAGGACAACUCACCCAAUUCAAGAUAAAGAAGACCAAUGGUGGUGGCAAUCGGAUCCCUCUGGAAACUACACAUCUAAGUCGGCUUAUUCUCAUCUUUUAAAGGGCGACACCAGGACUAUGUUUGACUUCAAAAGGCUGUGGAAGGCCUCCAUUCCAUCUAAACUUAUGGAUGAAAUGCUACAAGUGGUGGGGCAAGAAAUAUGUGUUAGGAAAUUCAUUUAUGAUGGUUCUGGAACAACACAAGUGGAUUGGGGGCCCAAAAUCACUAGAUUAGAUAAAGGAUGGAACCUUAUUUGGUUUGCAGUAGUAUGGACACUAUGGCUGGGCAAGAAUGACAAGAUUUUCAAAGCCAAGGAAGCAAAGGCUGACUACUUUUUUCAACUAGUUCAAACUCGAUAUUUUUACUGGGCAAAAAAUAUCGCAGGUCUGGAUGGAUUCUCCUUAACAAACUGGUGCGAGAAUCCAAUUAAAUGUUUAAAGACCAAAGCCAAAGAGAAAGAUAGAGUAUGAACUGGAUUAUCUGGAACUUUACGUUUGUGACGUCUUUGUACAGAAGCCAGUGAAAAACAAACUUUGUAAUCAACUGUUUUUGUAAGUAAAGGGUUGGAAUACCCCCUGUAUUCCAAAAUUAAUAAAUACUUUUGCCUUUC